UCCAGCCUGCCCCCUCCACAUCCUUGCCUAUAUAAGCCCUGACUCUCCCUCUCCUCCGCACUUCUGCCUUCUGUCUGAAUCCUCAACGUCAGUCGAAAGGACAAGCGGACACAAUGCGUGAGUGUAUUUCUAUGCACGUCGGCCAAGCCGGAGCCCAGAUGGGCAACGCAUGCUGGGAGCUGUACUGCCUGGAACAUGGGAUCCAGCCAGACGGACAGAUGCCCAGUGACAAGACUAUUGGGGGAGGAGAUGACUCCUUCAAUACCUUCUUCAGUGAGACUGGGGCAGGAAAGCAUGUCCCCAGGGCCAUCUUUGUUGACCUGGAACCUACUGUCAUCGAUGAGGUGCGUACAGGAACUUACCGGCAACUGUUCCACCCUGAGCAGCUGAUUACAGGAAAAGAGGAUGCUGCCAACAACUACGCCCGUGGCCACUACACAAUCGGCAAGGAAAUUAUUGAUCUGGUUCUGGACCGGACUCGUAAACUGGCUGAUCAGUGCACUGGCCUGCAGGGAUUCCUCAUCUUCCACUCCUUUGGUGGAGGCACUGGCUCAGGUUUCACCUCCCUUCUGAUGGAGAGACUUUCCGUUGAUUAUGGAAAGAAAUCAAAACUUGAAUUUGCUGUCUAUCCAGCCCCCCAGGUCUCCACAGCAGUGGUGGAGCCUUAUAACUCCAUCCUGACCACCCACACCACCCUGGAGCACUCUGACUGUGCUUUCAUGGUGGACAAUGAGGCCAUCUACGAUAUCUGCCGCAGGAACCUUGAUAUCGAGAGGCCGACUUACACUAAUCUGAACAGGCUCAUUGGCCAGAUUGUGUCUUCAAUCACAGCCUCCCUUCGCUUUGAUGGUGCCCUGAAUGUUGAUCUGACAGAGUUCCAGACCAACUUGGUGCCCUACCCUCGUAUCCACUUCCCACUGGCCACCUAUGCUCCAGUCAUCUCUGCUGAGAAAGCUUACCAUGAGCAGCUGUCUGUUGCUGAUAUCACCAAUGCUUGUUUUGAGCCAGCUAAUCAGAUGGUGAAGUGUGACCCUCGUCAUGGUAAAUACAUGGCCUGCUGUCUGCUGUAUCGUGGUGAUGUGGUACCCAAAGAUGUCAACUCUGCCAUCGCAGCCAUCAAAACCAAACGCACCAUCCAGUUUGUGGACUGGUGCCCCACAGGCUUCAAAGUGGGCAUCAACUACCAGCCACCAACAGUGGUUCCUGGAGGAGACCUGGCUAAAGUGCAGAGAGCUGUGUGCAUGCUGAGCAACACCACGGCCAUCGCUGAGGCCUGGGCCCGUCUUGACCACAAGUUUGACCUCAUGUAUGCCAAGAGGGCCUUUGUCCACUGGUAUGUUGGAGAGGGCAUGGAGGAGGGAGAGUUCUCAGAGGCCAGAGAAGAUAUGGCUGCCCUGGAGAAGGAUUAUGAAGAGGUUGGCACUGAUAGCAUGGGCGAGGAGGAUGAAGAGGGCGAGGAAUAUUGAAGGGCCAAACAUCACCCAGGCUUUGACAUCACCCAUUCCAAAAGUUAUCAUGAACGUACCACAUUCCCAUCAACAUUCUGAUAACCUGUGGUGGUGAUAUAUCAGUAUUAUCAAUAAAACAAAUUCUCACAAACCUUUUAAA